AAAUGAUUAUCCACAAACACAACUUGUAAUUAUUAUGCAUAUAUGUAAAGCGUUUCAUUCAUGAUAUGCAUACAUGUAAACCAUUGAAAUAUCAUGUAUAGUAAUGGAUGACAUAGAGAAAGACUUCAUGACCAUGAUCUGCCUGAUAUUCGAAUGGCCUGAAGGUUAAAAGCACUUGCUCAUUGCUGUUACUCAAAAUUGCCUAUAGUGGGGGCCAAAUCAAACUCCUUUUUUUCCCUAUAAAAACCCUCUUCUUCUCAUGCCACCAUCCCACUUGUAAAACAAACAUAAUCCAAUCCAUCUUCCCCCACCAAGACCCUUCAAAAAAAAAAAAAAAAAACACAUUCAUUUAACAGGUUUUUUCAAAACCAUGCAACCUAAUGAGGUCACAGGUCUCCAUUUCCUUGUUCCUUCAAAUCCAUCUCCUUAUCCAUCUCAUUUUAGCAUAAACCAGAACAAUACACCAACGUUUCAAGUUAACCGAUUCACUAGUCCAUUGUACAAUUUCCAAAUCCCAUCUCAAGUUCAGGAAAUCAAUCCACAGUCAUCAUGUUUCAGCAACAAUUCAACUUCUGAUGAAGCUGAUGACCACCACCACAGCCUCAUCAAUGAAAGGAAACAGAGAAGGAUGAUAUCUAACAGAGAGUCCGCACGCAGAUCACGUAUGAGAAAGCAGAAGCAUCUAGACGAGCUGUGGUCUCAGGUGGUUUGGCUCCGCAAUGAGAAUCACCAGCUUAUUGAUAAGCUGAACCAUGUCUCGGAGUGCCAUGAUCGAGUCCUUCAAGAGAAUGCUCAGCUGAAAGAGGAAGCUUCUGAGCUUCGUCAAAUGCUCACUGACAUGCAACUGAAUAGCCCUUAUCCUACCUUGAGAGAACUGGAGGAUUUACCUUGUAACACUGCUUAUCUGAGAGCUGAGUCUUCAAACCAGUCCAUCACAACAUCUAUGGGUUUGCUAGGUUAAGAUGGAGAAAACCUUUUUUGUUUUGUUUUUCCAUUUUACCACCUAUAUGAGCCUUUUUGGUGUAUGUUUUUAUUGAAAAAGCCAACCAGCCUUCUGCCUUCACUUUCAGGCUGUAUGAGAUUCCAAGAAGAUUGGUAAUAACAUGUUUUUUUUUUUUUUUUUUUUUUUUGAGCAUUUUUGUUUGAAUACUUGCUCAAUCAAAAAAAAUCAUGUUUUGUUUUAAUGAAAGGUGUAGGACUUUUUUUAGAUUAUUCUGUAAGUUAAAUAUGAUCAUUACAUCAAAAGGAGUCUUAAUUCUA